CGCUCCAAAUAUUUUCCCGUACGCAUGCUAGUUACAAUACACGUAUCCUUUGUCUCUCCCGGGAAGGUCAAAAAUUGGGACAACACCCUUCAGUUCGUUUGACCUCCCUAGUAAGUUUGUUUAUGGUAAUCACCACUGUUUACUGUGGUGGGGUCCACCUGAGGCUUGGAUCGGCUUCCUUUUUUAGCCCUGAUAUCUCAAAACGGAUGGACGGCGUGGAUAUACAACACAUACAUGGUGGGCCCCAAGGUCAAGACCUGACGGAACUUGGUCAGGUCCCGACCUGACUGAAUCCGCGCCUGUUCGAUAGUUGAGAGAGAGAGAGAGAGAGAGAGAGAGAGAGAGAUGGGAAAGAAGGAGAAGAUGAAGAAACAGAAGCAGCAGAAUCGACGCCAUUACAGGGGAGAAGCAGUAGCAGAAGAAGAAGAGAUGCUUUCCUCUGCUUACAAUCUUCCGAAAUCCGAGGAAGAAGAAGAAGAAGACGAAGGAGGAGAAGAAGAAAAUCAGCAUUCAAAGGAAGAAUCCCCUUCGAAAUUCCUCCUCUAUCAGAAAUCCGUUCAAGCACCAAAAGGAGAUAUCAGCUACUUGCAGAAGUUCUUUCUGAUGUAUGUCGGCGGAAGAUUUCCGCUCCAUUUGCAGGAAGAUUUUUGUGGAACUGCUCUUCUUAGCACGGAAUGGCUCCGCAGUGAUCCGAGACGAACUGCUGUUGGAAUUGAUUUGGACCUUGAGGCGCUUCAGUGGUGCCUGGAAAACAAUUUAAAUUUGAUCGGACCUGAUGGGUAUUCUCGAAUCUCCCUGUUUCAUGGCAAUGUUUUGCAGCCCUCUGAGGCCAGUUUAGUUGAACACAAACUCCAUGGGUACAUAAAAAACAUGACACUGAAUGACCAGGAAGGGCGUUUUGAGACUGUUGAUCAGGUCGUCAAUUCUGAAUCUACUAUGCAAGUGGGCUGUAAGGAUUCCGUCGAUGAAGAGGCUGAAAAGAAAAACUGCAAGCUGCCGGCGAAAGAUAUAAUAUGUGCAUUUAAUUACAGUUGUUGCUGCCUCCAAAAGCGUACGGACCUGGUCUUGUACUUCAAGCAUGCUCUUAAUGCCUUGUCUAGAAGAGGCGGUAUAUUCGUAAUGGACUUAUAUGGUGGCACGUCGUCAGAACACAAGCUAAGGCUUCAAAGGAAAUUCCCAAAUUUUACAUAUGUCUGGGAGCAGGAAGAGUUCGACAUUGUCAAUCGCACAACAAGAAUUAGCCUCCACUUUCAGCUUGGAAAGAAUCGGGGGACACUUCGCCAUGCAUUUUCAUACAACUGGCGACUAGAUUCUUCAGGGAUUGACGAAUGGGCUGAAAGGUGGUUCUACUGGGAUUAUGAAGUGAAAUCAUAGCCCCCCAGUUGCAUCAUGUGGAUCGGUGGCAGACCUACUUCAGGAGGUGGUCAUUGCCAGAGAUCAAAGAUUGCUUGGAAGAAGCUGGUUUCAAAUCUGUACAUUUUUGGAUUCGAGAGAUGCCAGACACACAAGAAAGCCGGAAUGCAGAGGAAUUUGGCGUCGGUCGAGAUGUAAAG